AUGUCCAAACAUUCCAAUGAAACUCUGAUCACAGACAAUUUGGAAUCUCUAAGAGAGGAUGAAAUAUUCGUAGACAGUGAGACCGGCAAGAAAUAUCGCGUAAGGAAAGCGAUUCUACCACAUUAUUCAUCAGGAGGACCACAUGGACUAGGUGAUCCAGAAGAUCGGACACUCCGACGUAUUGAAGCUGAUGUCAUCAUACCAAAUCGAAUGAAUGAACAGAUUGAGAAAGUGGAAUGCCAUGAGUCUUAUAUGGGUAUAUUGAUUGACAUGGUAAAUUGUAUGCGUGAAAAGGGUGCUGUAAAAGGUCUUAUGCUUUGCAAACCAGAGUUGGCGGUAUUUAAUAAAUGCAAAUAUUUGAAAUUCCACGAUACUGAAUUUCGAGAGAGAAUGACGGAAAAGUAUUUGGAACAGCGUUCAGAGGCGCGUCGAACAGGUAUGACAGAAAAACAAAGAAGGCUUCAAGAGUUUCGUGAGUGGAAGAAGAAACAUGAGAAUUCUGAAUAG